AUGCUCCCCUGGUGUGAGGGCAUCAUCAGGGCAUCAUCAGGGCAUCAUCAGGGCAUCAUCAGAGCAGCAUCAAGGCGGCAUCAGGGUAUCAUCAGGGCGGCAUCAGGGCGGCAUCAGGGCGGCAUCAUGGCGGCAUCAGAGCGGCAUCAGGGCAGCAUCAGGGCAUCAUCAGAGCGGCAUCAGGGCAUCAUCAGAGCAGCAUCAGGGCAUCAUCAGGGCAUCAUCAGGGCAGCAUCAGGGCAUCAUCAGAGUGGCAUCAGAGCGGCAUCAGGGCGGCAUCAGAGCGGCAUCAGGGCAUCAUCAGGGCAUCAUCAGGGCAGCAUCAGGGCAUCAUCAGAGUGGCAUCAGAGCGGCAUCAGGGCGGCAUCAGAGCGGCAUCAGGGCAUCAUCAGGGCAUCAUCAGAGCGGCAUCAGGGCAUCAUCAGAGCGGCAUCAGGGCGGCAUCAGAGCGGCAUCAGGGCAUCAUCAGGGCAGCAUCAGGGCAUCAUCAGAGUGGCAUCAGAGCGGCAUCAGGGCGGCAUCAGAGCGGCAUCAGAGCGGCAUCAGGGCAUCAUCAGGGCAUCAUCAAAGCGGCAUCAGAGCGGCAUCAGGGCUGCAUCAGGGCGGCAUCAGGGCGGCAUCAGGGCAUCAUCAGAGCGGCAUCAGAGCGGCAUCAGGGCGGCAUCAGGGCAUCAUCAGGGCGGCAUCAGGGCAUCAUCAGAGCAGCAUCAGGGCAGCAUCAGAGCGGCAUCAGGGCAUCAUCAGGGCAUCAUCAGAGCGGCAUCAGGGCAGCAUCAGGGCAUCAUCAGGGCGGCAUCAGAGCGGCAUCAGGGCAGCAUCAGGGCGGCAUCAGGGCAUCAUCAGGGCGGCAUCAGGGCAGCAUCAGAGCGGCAUCAGGGCAGCAUCAGGGCGGCAUCAGGGCAUCAUCAGGGCGGCAUCAGAGCGGCAUCAGGGCGGCAUCAGGGCGGCAUCAGAGCGGCAUCAGAGUGGCAUCAGGGCGGCAUCAGGACAUCAUCAGGGCGGCAUCAGGGCAUCAUCAGAGCGGCAUCAGGGCAGCAUCAGAGCGGCAUCAGGGCAGCAUCAGGGCAGCAUCAGGGCAUCAUCAGGGCAGCAUCAGGGCAUCAUCAGAGCGGCAUCAGGGCAGCAUCAGAGCGGCAUCAGGGCAUCAACAGGGCGGCAUCAGAGCGGCAUCAGGGCAUCAUCAGGGCAGCAUCAGGGCAUCAUCAGAGUGGCAUCAGAGCGGCAUCAGGGCGGCAUCAGAGCGGCAUCAGAGCGGCAUCAGGGCAUCAUCAGGGCAUCAUCAAAGCGGCAUCAGAGCGGCAUCAGAGUGGCAUCAGGGCUGCAUCAGGGCGGCAUCAGGGCGGCAUCAGGGCGGCAUCAGGGCAUCAUCAGAGCGGCAUCAGGGCGGCAUCAGGACAUCAUCAGGGCGGCAUCAGGGCAUCAUCAGAGCAGCAUCAGGGCAGCAUCAGAGCGGCAUCAGGGCAUCAUCAGGGCAUCAUCAGAGCGGCAUCAGGGCAGCAUCAGGGCAUCAUCAGGGCGGCAUCAGGGCAGCAUCAGAGCGGCAUCAGGGCAGCAUCAGGGCGGCAUCAGGGCAUCAUCAGGGCGGCAUCAGGGCAGCAUCAGAGCGGCAUCAGGGCAGCAUCAGGGCGGCAUCAGGGCAUCAUCAGGGCGGCAUCAGAGCGGCAUCAGGGCGGCAUCAGGGCGGCAUCAGAGCGGCAUCAGAGUGGCAUCAGGACAUCAUCAGGGCGGCAUCAGGGCAUCAUCAGAGCAGCAUCAGGGCAGCAUCAGGGCGGCAUCAGGGCAGCAUCAGGGCAUCAUCAGGGGCAGCAGCAUCAGGGCAUCAUCAGAGCGGCAUCAGGGCAGCAUCAGAGCGGCAUCAGGGCAUCAACAUCAGGGCCUAAGUCUCAUAAGCUGUACCGCGAUAAUGACAUGUGCUUCAGAGAGGCCGCUGGAGGAUACUGCCUGAGAGAGGCACUGGAGGAUACCAGACUGAAGAGAGGCGCUGGAGGAUACAGCUGCAGAAGGCGCUGGAGGAUACAGCUGCAGAGAGGCACUGGAGGAUACAGCUGCCGAGAAGGCGAUGGAGGAUACAGCCUGCAGAGAGGCGCUGGAGGGGAUGACAGCUAG